CGCCGCUUUCUUAGCAGCACAUUCCAUAACAAACCGUUUCCCUUUAACCAUCCUCUCUUCUUCAAAAAUUAGUGUUCAGUGUAUAUAUAGUCAAGGAUUUGACUAUUGAAUAUUCUUAAGAGAUCGUUGAAUCAUCUUUUUGAUUCUUUGGUGAUUUUCAUACUCCAUUAGAAUACAUCCAUAUAAUUCUACCGUUUUUGGACUAAGUAAGGUAGUUGGGAUUCUGUGUCCUUUUUUUUAUUAUUUUUUAUAUUUUUAAGUUUAUCCUUUGAGUCUGCCAUAGGUUAGCUUGAACUGUUUAAUAAGUCAAAGCUAUAUACUCUGCAUAGCAACCAAAGAGAUCACGAACGGUAUUAUUUCUACAGAUUUGAUUGAUUUAUUCUUUCCUUAAUAUCAUGAUCCCUUUUGGUUUACGAUCGAAUAUUUCGACUUUGCAUUCUUUUGCAUCUCGCAAUACCUGUCAUCGCUUAUCCAAAGCCCGUAGAAAUAUAUCCCAGCCAAUUCGACGUGCUUUUGCUUCUCAUGCUCUCAAUGCGAAAAUUUCGUAUAUUUCGCGGAAUGCAAAUACAGCGAGACCGUACCGUUUUCAGCGUUUCUUCCAUGCUUCCAAUCCCGCUUUUGAAAUGACGGAUCCGUAUAAAACAUUGGGCGUUUCAAAGAAUGCUUCUCCAAAAGAAAUUAAGUCUGCCUAUUACAAAUUAGCAAAACAAUAUCAUCCAGAUGCUAACCCCGACAAAAGUGCCCAGGAAAAGUUCGUAGACAUAAAGCAAGCUUACGAACUUCUACAAGAUCCUGAGAAGAAAAAGGCUUUUGACACGUAUGGUUCUGGUGCCUUUAGAAAUGGAGAAUUUACAGGAAACGAUUUUGGAGGGUUUCAAAAUGGUUUUGAGUCAGCUUUUGGAUCUGGCUUUCCUGGUUUCAAUUUUGAGGAUUUAUUUUCGUCGUUUACUGGAAGGGCAGGACGAGGCAGACGUGCCAACCCUUUUGAGGUAUAUGUCGGCGAAGAUGCUGAAGUUAGUCUCAAUAUAGACUUUAUGGAGGCUGUUAAAGGUGUUAAGAAGGACGUCGUAUACUCAGUUUCGUCAACGUGUUCUAGUUGUCAUGGUUCCGGUCUUCAAACUGGUGCUCAUCGUAGUACCUGCUUUGCUUGUAAAGGAAGUGGCCACCGUCUUCAUUUCAUCCCUCCUUCUAUGCAUAUGCAGUCUACAUGUGAUGUGUGCGGUGGAAGUGGAACUACUAUCCCUUCUUCAUCUGCCUGCCGUUCAUGUAGCGGCUCUGGUAACGUCCGUGAACGGAAGACUAUCUCAUUAGAUAUUCCUGCUGGUAUUGAUGACAAUACCGUAUUACGAGUCGUUGGUGCUGGAAAUGACGCUGCUACUGCAAAGGCUGCUCCUGAUGCGAAAUCUCGUCCUGGUGAUCUUUAUGCAACUGUUCGCGUACGUAAGCACCAGUUCUUUAGUCGUCAAGGAAACAACGUCUUGUAUAGAGCUAAGGUUCCUAUGACCACUGCUGCUUUGGGAGGAACCAUUCGCAUCCCUACUUUGACCGGUGAAGUGGACCUUCGUGUACCACCAGGCACAGUAUCCGGUGAUCGCAUCACAAUGACAGGUAAAGGUAUUCGCAACGUUUCAGGUAUUGCCCGUUAUGGAAACUUUUAUAUUGAUUUCGAGGUAAAUACUCCAAAAGCACUUUCUCCCCAUGAACGAAGCUUGUUGGAACAACUGGCUGAUUCUCUUAAUGACACUUCAGCACGUAGAACUACUCCACGACCAACAGCUAAAGAUGAACCCCCUGCAUCAUCGGAUUCAUCUAGUAAAGAUAAGCCGUCCGAGUCGUCAUCUGCUGGUUCUAAAUCAGAGGGUUCAGUAGGAGGUUUUCUUAAACGGGCAUUCCGUCGUUUACACAAUGAAGACGGAAGCGAAAAUGCUUCAGGAAAUUCCAAGUAACCAUUAAGACGUAUGCUCUUUAAAACUAAAGUUAGUCUUGGAGGGUCUUGAUGGCUUUUCUGCUAAUGUUUAAUAUCUACGAGGUUACGCGAAUAAUUGUUUUGGUUUUAAAAUAUACAUUUGCAUGUUAAUAAAUUUCUACUACAAAAAAAAUAAAUAGAUAAAUAAUGAUUCGUUGUCUCUGCUAAGAAUC